AGAGGCUAUUUUUGCAAUCGGACGUAAACCAAAAGACUAAGAAUAGUUUACUUUUCUUUAGAAUGAGAUAUGCGUCAAUACGAGUUCAUCUACAUAGAUCACUACAUGUUACUUGCAUACCCCUCACUUGAAAUUAAGUAUUGGAUUUAAACCGCUCUCAUGAAUAUCGUCAACUAAAGAUAGAUAAUUAUUGUGUAGAAAGCAUAUAGAAAAUGUAAAAAUGACUGUUUUUCAGUCACACAAUUAUGGUAUUUCAGGUGGGAAGUCGUUGUAUUCAUGCUUUCACAGUUCUUAAAAUGCCCGGUAAUAAAUCGAGUGGAAUACAGGGGAUAGCCACAGGAAAUCCUGUGUUGAAGCAAUUUUAUCAUUUUCAUUUUCAUUAUUAUUAUUAUUAUUAUUAUUAUUAUUAUUAUUAUUGAACAGCGAUGAACUGUGUUCCGGAAUCAACAGAUGCUGUUCACUGUUAUUUUGUAGUCACAACACAGCACAGCACUCUCGAGCUCCUCAUCGGAAAAUCAAAUCUAUUCUCUGCUUAAUACCGACUCUAAUCAUCGCCACCUUCAUCAAAAUUUGGAAUUUCAUGUCAAGAAAGUAUAGUUACGUAUACUGAAUACACACAGUGCUAGCGCUUCACUAAGUUUAUUACUCAGUCUAUUGUCGUCGUUAGCGUGCCUGCACCGUGUAAAUAACUUAUAAUGUUUGCUAAUAGUGGCUUGUUUUGUUAUAAAGAUCAUGAAGAGCAUGAGAAAUUUCGCCCCCAUUCUGUAAAUUGAGGUUUUCAGACAUCAUCGAAACAUAGGUGUGACAUAAACAGAGACAUGAACAUAUUCAGAUUGUGAUUUUUCUUUUGUUUUCUUAUCAUUCAUUCACUUCUUCUUUCUGUCCUUUCAAGGGGUGGUAGAUCUCCCGUGAAACGCAGAUUACCUGUCUGAUUACAUACAAACUAUUAAGCUUCAUCCAAGUAUUUUCUGUACAAAUUUCGCCUAAAUCAAACCUAGCAUCAUUAAUGACAUCAGAGAGCCGUUGAACAUACGCCGUACUCUACCCUUAACUUAAACCUCCGCCAAGGAAGAAACCAAUCAUUUUUCACAAAAUAUUAGAAGACCUUGAUUCAGUUGAAUUGUAACCUCUACUUUCCCUCUUGAAUGAUUCUUUAUCUUAUUAAAUAAUAUCAAACAUUACCAAAUAUGUGAAAAACUUUUUGAUUCUUGAUCACUAAAAACCAACGAAAACUGCUUCAGUUGUUGGGGGUAAAUAUAUGAACACUGCAUGUCCAAAAAUUGACAAAAUUAAUUUUUCAAACGACAACAAGCUUCGCAAGAACUACCAUUUUGGCUGGAAAAACUUUCUGUUCUUAGUCAAAUUUUGAUCUGUUUCUUUUGUCAUUUAGGCAAAAAGGUCCACAUUUCCUAAAAAAAGACCUCUCUUCCUUUAAAAUCGCUGGCUAGCUGCGGGACUUAGACUGAGACUCUUUUAAGUUAUUGCUUGGUUUCUCUUCCGUGAAAAACACGAAAAUCGAAUAUUUAUCAAUCAUAGAUACUGACACCAAACAAAUACCAACUAAAGUGAUUUUAAGGCGUGAAAACGGCUUGAGGAGUACCUUCAUUGUCAGAAUUUGAAGAGGGAAAAAUUACCAUUUAAAGACAUUGCCUACUUUAGAUAUAUUUAUGUUUUGCAGGGUUUGUGGGUCUUUUAUGAGAUAUGAAAAGAAUAAUUGUAAAUCGAGACAGGAAGAGGGGAAACAACAGUAUGCCUUCCCGUUGAAUGUAUACCGUAUACAAAUGUCCUUUUAAAAUGAAAUCUGAUAAAAGUAUUUUUUUCAUAAUCGGUUAUUCUUAACAUGCUAUAAAGAUACGCGUGCAAUCAGAAGCACGAGAAGGUAUAGGCCCUAUUGAGGACAAGCUCGACUCUCCAUGUUUCUCUUGUCACCUCCUCCUUGACUUAUGGCUACCUACUCUGGUAUAAUACAAAGUGCCGCUUACAAACCAGAGUCAAGAUUACGGCGAAAAUUACCUGUCACGUAGAACUUUCAUUUGAACAAAAAAAAAUUAGCAAAUAUACGCGUUGAUUUCAGCGUUCGGUGAUUAUUCACCCUGUCGCAGGCGGGACACAGUUGUGAAUCGAUAAAAAACUUGCAGAAUUUCCAGAUUUAGUUUGAAAUGCGCCCUCAUAUACAGCCACUAUGACUAAACCUCUUAUGACAAGUUUGUUCUGAGGUCUCGAGCUACAGAAUUUUUCCAUCACGCAGUGCAAUCCUAAAUAUUACGUACUUACCUUGCUGUAUAUGUUGACGUCCAUUGUUCAGUACACAAAUCCCAACUCACUGCUGAGCAUUUCUUCAAACAUCUUCAGUGUUUGCACUUUAGGAGUUUGUUGAAUUUUGGAAAGAACACAUUUCAGGAUUUGUGAUUUUAAGUGUUCAUCUCAGUAAGAUUUAGUUUAAACAAGUCAGAACGGAGACAGUUAGUGAAAUUCGAAGGGCUGGACACGGCAAAUACUAAGUGCGUAGUGUGUGUGUGUAUUGCCGUAGAAUAGAAAGACAACGGUGACUACCAUCAUGGCGACGAAUGGUUUUAAAUCUCCAGCCGUUUUCAAACCGGAUACAGGAGAAAUGGACGGCGUAGAGAAAAACCAGAUCGAAAAGAAAGAGAAAGCAGCAGACGAGGUGGACGAUGGUGGACCCCCCAUGCAGAAACGUGAAACCUGGGACAGACCAAUAGACUUCUUGCUCGCCUGCAUCGGAUUCUCUGUGGGACUGGGGAAUGUAUGGAGGUUUCCAUAUCUGUGCUACAAAAACGGUGGAGGGGCGUUCCUGAUCCCCUACCUGGUGGGGGUGGUGACAGGGGCGGUGCCUUUGUUCUACCUGGAGGUGGCCGUGGGGCAGUUUAUGACAGAGAGCGGUCUGAGAGCCUGGAAGAUCUGCCCCCUCUUCAUGGGAAUUGGCUGGGCCACUACUGUGAUCGUGUUCUUCCUGGACUGUUAUUAUAACGUCAUCCUGGCCUGGGCAUUCUACUACCUGUUUGCUUCUUUCACGUCCGAGCUUCCUUGGGUCACGUGCGGGAACUGGUGGAAUACGGACAAGUGCUCCGCCACCUUCAGUUUUAGUCCAAAAGGGAACGGGACGACAGCUAAUGUCACAGAGAUGAUUGCCAUAACAACCCAGGCCCCAGUUAAUAUGUCACUAGGCAACAUGACCAACGUGACCAAAGACCUGUCCAUAGAUUCCGUCACGGAAUACUGGGAACACCGUGUGCUCGGAAUCUCCAGUGGUAUUGACGACAUGGGAACCAUUAAGUGGGAUUUGGCGCUGUGUUUGUUGUUGGCCUGGAUAGUGGUCUAUGUCUGUAUCUGUAAGGGAAUUCGUACAUCAGGAAAGGUUAUGUACGUCACAGCCACGUCACCAUACAUCUUUAUGACGAUCUUGCUGGUCCGUGGGUGUACCUUGCCUGGCGCCGUGGAUGGCAUCAUUUACUAUCUCAAGCCGGACUUCGCUAAACUUGCCAACAUACAGGUAUGGGUGGAUGCGGGAACACAGAUAUUCUUCUCCUACUCCAUCGCUCUGGGUGUUCUGACAGCACUGGGCAGUUACAACGACUUCCACAGAAACUCUUACAGGGACUGCAUCAUCUUUGCCUCAGUGAACAGUGGAACCAGUAUCUUUGCCGGCUUUGUCAUCUUCAGUACCUUGGGCUAUAUGUCGUACAAACAAGGCAUACCAGUGAGCGAGGUGGCCGAGUCAGGUCCGGGUUUGGCCUUCAUUGCCUACCCCACAGCACUGGCUGAAAUGCCGGUGGCUCCCCUGUGGUCAGUGUUCUUCUUUAUCAUGGUCAUCCUGUUGGGACUGGACAGCCAGUUUGUGGGCGUGGAAGGCCUGAUAGCGGCGUUUGUGGACGAGUUUGCCAGCACUCUACGCCGUGGCUACAGGAGAGAGAUCUUCAUUGGCAUCAUGUGCUUCAUUAUGUUCCUAGUCGGCUUAAGCAUGGUGACAAAUGGAGGAAUGUAUGUAUUCCAGCUGUUUGAUUACUACACCGGGAGCAGAAUUAUUUUGUUCGUGGCGUUCUUCGAGUGUAUUGCGGUAGCCUAUCUUUACGGGAUAAACCGCUUCUACGACAAUCUUCAGAUGAUGCUAGGGUUCCGGCCCAAUCCUUACAUGAAGUGGUGUUGGUUGGUAGUAUCGCCCAUAUUUUGCAUUGCCGUGUUUAUAAUGAGCGCCAUCAACUACUCUGAGUUGACCUAUGACCGCCCUGCAGGCAAGUACAUAUACCCAGACUGGGCCGUAGGUAUCGGAUGGGCCUUGGCUUGUUGCUCAGCGAUAUGGAUCCCUCUGGUGGCCGUUUACAAAGCCUUCCAAUAUGCAAACUGCAGAAGGGCCUGUCACCGUCUUAUAGAACCCGAGGACCUCAAAGAGCACCAGUUACGGCCCCAAGACAAGAGAGAUGACAUGCAGGACUUUGAGAAUCGUGCUUACGAGCCAGAUUCUUUUAACAAAUUAUAGGCCAAGAUAUUCCAUAUAUAUAUAUAGACUUAACAAUGUUGUCAUUUAGGUUCUUUGUUUUGUUUUCCAUUUGUUAAUUUGUACAGCACAAAAUUAUAUGUAUACCAUGUAGGUAGUGGUUUCUGUUAUAGUUAGGUUGGUAGGUAUACCGCGUUGAUAAUAGACAACUGCUGUCAUAUCCAGAUUUUCAGCCAUAUAAAGUUUUGUCGCACAUUGUAUACCUGUCAGUCUGGAGCUCGAGCAGGUAAAUUGGGAACCAUGAAGCAUUAUUAGUACAACUUGGAAGCGACAGUGUAUAUACUUUUCUAAUACUUUUAUACAUCAUUGAUUUAUACUAUCAUAGUCAAAUUAUAAAAUAUCAUAGUCAAUGAAUUUUAUGCAUUCACUAUAUAAAUAGGAUGUCAUAGAAAACAUUCCAAAAAGUAGAUUAAUAGUUUGCUAUACGUGUUUUAAGAUGUCCCGAAGUCAGGGACAGGUCAAGCAGUUAUAUGUGAAUAGGGGAUUUUUUUCUCUAGGACAACUGGAUUUGGCGCGAAAAUCCUGCAAAGGUCACCUGAAACAUUAAAGACAAUUAAGCACCACAAAGAAAUACGUGUAUAUGCUCUUUUAUUAAUAUUUUUAUAUCAGUGAAUUAAUCUAUUUGUAAUUGUGAUAUAAAUGGUCUUUCAUAAGCAUCUUCUUUUCAGAUAUACUACUUAUAAUCAAAUCAAUAAGAUUACUUCAUUUUAUGCUAAUUGAUAUAUUUGAUGUUGGUAAAUGUCAAAAUCACACAAAUUAAGGAACUUUUGGUCAAAACCAGAGUGCCAGUGUUAUCAGUGCGUCCACCCAUUGCUGGUCUUGUGUAUUAUAUGACGGUCCGUGUCGAAGUCUUUCAGAUCGUAAGAGAAAAUGAUAAAAUAUUUGAGCAAAAUUUGGCCAAUAUACUUUUAAUUAUUUUGUCGUUUAAAAGGAAAAAGCAUUUUUGCGUUCUUCGCCCUUCAUACACGGACCAUCAUUGGCGUUACAAACACAAGAGAAUCGAGUGAAUAUAAAGGAAGCAAGAUACCUUCAGAUGCUGGGUUCUAUACACUGUACCACAUAUCGUACCAUAUUAUUGUACCACACAGGUCGGUGAAUCUAAAUCUUGUCAUCUUUUUAUUUUACAAUACGCGAGGCCAGUGAAUGUUGUAAUGAAUAUGGCUGUGCUCAAUUAAUAGGAAGAAAUAAAAAACUAUUAAAACCAA